AUGGCCUCAAAAACUUUUGCCAGUAAAGUUAUCAUGUCAUCCCUCGACGCGAGCUUAACUUUGGUUUCAAUAAUCGGCAAUGGAUCUUUCAUCGCAAUUUUUGUCCGAUUUAAGAAUCUUCGAAAUUUUCCGAACAUUCUUUUCGCUAAUCUUGCGGUGGUAGACUUUCUCAACGCAGUCAUUAAUAUCCCGCUAUAUCUUUUUUCCUUCGUCUGGGAAACCAGCUGGAUGAGAGGAAAAACUUUGGCCGUUAUUUCAACUUCGUUACACUUGGAGUUUGUUUUGCUUAACAUGGUUUCCAUGUUUGCAAUUAUGCUGGACAGAUUCCUGGCCCUGCACUUAAGUCUAAAGUACUAUACAUGGAAGACAACAAGUAAAGCUUAUGUAGUAGUGGUCCUCAUUUGGUUGAUCUGUACCGUCCUCACUGCGUUAUCUACAAUUUCUCUGCUGCAAAUGCAUAUGGAAGCUGACACAACGAUGGCAGAGGCUAGGGAGAAAAUUUUUCAACAGAGAAAAGAGAUAACUGCAUCUACUAUGGCCGUAUUCAUGGCAGCCUCAACAGUCCUUGGAGUCUUGACGGGUUACACCAUAUACCAAAAUAAGAAAAAGGUAGGAAAAAUAGUAAGAUUAAGGAUAUGUUCGAGAACACUACAGUAAAACGCCGCGAAGAAGAACCUAGAUUUUUUGAAGUUUGGCAAAAUUUGGAGUACUUAUUGGAAGUUUAGUUUAAAUAGGUUCUUAAUUUUUAUGAAGAAGUAUACUGUUGUUUAUUACAAGAAAUUGGUAUAAAUGGUAUUUGUCCUUCAUAAUAGGCAUUUAUUUACCAAAAAUCUGUAAGAUAUUAAUUUAAUAAGCCAGACUUUUGGUCAAAAUGUUUAUGAAAAUGCAGUCUAAUAUAACCCCACAUAUAAGAACCUGUUGAUUUUUCUUGGCUAAACUGGUUCUUGUAUUUUGGAGUAUUAAAAUGAAAAAUUUCUGCUAACAGGUUCUUAAAUGCUAGGUUCUUCUUGGCGACGUUUUACUGUAUACCAUAUAGUUUAUUUUCGUGCUGUCACAAAAAGGUAUCCAGUAUAGUAUAAACACCUAAUCUGAUAUGUCACUCUCCACUUUAGAGAUCGGCGCGGAGCAGUACGUUUCGCUCCUUUACAGAAAUCGUUCCGAAGGCACCGUUGUUGUGUGUGAAACGAAGCCUUAUCCGACAGGCCCGUAGCAAGCAUAAAAUGACUGCGGGGGGGGGGAGAUUGAGCAAGUGGCCCACAUUAAUUCCCCCCUCCCCUUUGCUCCCUCCGUUAAAGCAUACUUCUUGGUACAUGUCAGAUCACUACAUUUGCCUACAAUACCUUUUGUUCUUGUCUCUAAUUUUCCGUUUGUGUUGACUUUGACGAGAUAGAGAACUUGUUUGGGAUAUCGUUCACGGAGCAUUUGCCAAACAAUUGCUUUCGGUUUUCUUUCUCCCCAUCGUAGUCAUUAGCUACGUCUACAAGGGUCAGAGCAUCGUUCUGUUCUGUCCUUGUGAACAUGCAACAUCAUGAGGUCGUUCAGGUGGGAUUGUCAUUGGUGCAUUUCGAUCCAUUUUGCUUCUGAGUAUUUUGAUGCUUAAUAAGCAGAUAUUUUAAAGCCGUUAAUUGUUUUUACACAAUUCCAAAUUGCCCAGAAGAACAACAGUGCAUUAUCUUAAUAUCAUCGACAAUCCUUUGAAACUUUAGCUUCAAUUGACAGCAGUCCACUUUAGUAGAAAAAUUCCACUUUUGUAGCAGAAUUUAAUUCAAGUAUGAAAAUUUCUGGGGGGGCUCGAGCCCCCCCUGCCCCUCCCCCUGCUACGGGCCUGUCCGAUAUGGUCUUCGUGUCGGCACAAAAGGUGUCCGACGUAGUGUGAACAUCGCCUAAAUUCUUAAAAUCUGUGGCAAACUUUAGGCGCAGCUGCGCUGUUAAAGGUUAGUAUAAAAUUGCUUUUUAAAUAUACGUGUGGUAAUAAACCCUUCACAAUCCAGAUUUUAAAAUUUCAUAAUCAAAUACUUUCCCUUUCUUGUAGAGAAUGCAGUUGAAUUUACCAAAGCUCCAAGCUGAAGGUCGGGAAAAGCAGGAUAUCAAAGCCACCGUGACUGUUGCUGUGGCUGUGGUGACGUUCUAUGCCUGCUACUUACCAGCAAUUACCUACUCAGUCUGGAGAAGUAACACAAAAUACUUCAGGAAACACGUUUGGGUUUCCUUUUUGGUUGCUUUUUGUACGUUUAUUUCAAGCGCUACCAACCCUCUCAUCUACGUAUUACGAAACAAAAGAUACCGCAAAGCCAUCAGGCAACUGGUAAAAGAUCCUUUUGGGAGCAGCUCGUUUCAAGAGAAGCCAAUCAAAAAUGACAGGAGAGAGAAGAGACGCCGUCCAGAGCACGUAUUGAAGCUGAGCAAAGGCGAAGAACCAGGAGUAUCCACCGUACAUGAAGAAACUCAUGAGAGAGGCGUCGGAGAUGGAAAUUUUGCGACAGGCCAAAUGUUCCUGGCUGACAAAAUAGUGAAAAUAGCUUGGAAGGCGAAGAGUAGUGAAACCUCUCAGAAGAUCAGGCCUGCAGAAGAAGAUCAGGACGGUAGAGGAUGA